AUGAGAAGUCUUUUAUUUUUUAGAUAUAUCGUACAACGUGUACAGAAUGUGUUAUGGAAGAUUUCUACAAAAACUACAAAAUAUGAAGAAGAUAUUCCUUUAAAAAAACUCUCAAAAAAAACAGCGGCACCUGGUACAUCAUCUAUUAAAACGCCAUAUUAUUCAACAAAAGCUCAAAAAAUGAAUACAUUUAGUUUAUUUGGUACAUCAGAUAGAUCGCAACAAUGUCAGUCAAACGUUGAAACGUCUAUAUUUGAAUAUUCAUAUUCUUUUAAAAAAAAAAAAACAUACAAGAAAUUCAAAGUUAUUCUUCCUGCAUGGAAAAAUGAUCGUCAUUUUAACACCUUUGGUUUAAAACAUUCUGUUUGUGAACCAUCAACAUCUACCGAUUUUUGUUCUAGAUCAAUUAUGCAGCAAUUAGAGGCUCAUAAUUACCAACCACAUACUUUUCAAUUAUUUAGAUGUAUAUAA